UUUCCCUCCGCGGCGAUGAGCUAAGCGGCUAAAGCUAACGUGCUAAUGUGCGUCUGAAGAUAAACGUCAUCAGCGACACUUUUCUGGCGAGUAAAAAAAACAACUUGAGGAUAAAGAGCGACACUCCAGACACGCGUGACACCAGGAGGUGCAUGAGCACGAGUGAAGAUGUUUAACAAGUCAUUUGGGACUCCGUUUGGAGGAGGCACCACCGGGGGCUUCGGCACCUCCUCCACUUUCGGACAACAGAACACAGGUUUCGGGACGACCGGAGGCUUUGGGACGCCAGCGUUUGGAGCGACCACAAACACAGGGGGGCUGUUCGGCUCUGCGCAAAAUAAGCCGGGAGGUCUGUUCGGCUCCACCACGUUUAGCCAACCCGCCACCUCCUCCACCAGCUCCGGCUUUGGCUUCGGGGCCAACACGGGCACCUCCACCAGCCUGUUCGGGAGCACCAACACAGGCACCACCGGAGGCCUCUUCUCUCAGAACAACAAUGCAUUUGGAGCAAACAAGCCCACCUCCUUCGGCAGUUUUGGCACGAGCACGAGCAGCGGGGGACUGUUCACCACGUCCAACCCGUUCGGCCCCUCCAGCUCUCUGUUCGGAGGCUCGGGGUUCAACGCCACAGCGCAGCAGCCCGGGACCACAGUCAAGUUUAAUGCUCCGACGGGCAGUGACACCAUGGUGAAGGCGGGCGUGACCACCAGCAUCAACACCAAACACCAGUGCAUCACCGCCAUGAAGGAGUACGAGAACAAGUCCCUGGAGGAGCUGCGAUUGGAGGACUACCAGGCCGGGAGGAAAGGCCCGUCCAACACCAUGGCCCCGGCCGCAGGGUCUCUGUUCGGGGCAAACACCGCCACCUCCAGUGCCUCCACCGGGCUGUUCGGCGCCUCUGCCCCCAACACCAGCUUCUCCUUUGGGCAAAACAAGACCAACUUUGGCACCAGUGCAGGGGGAUUUGGUGCCACCACGGGGAGUCUGUUUGGACAGGCCCAGCCUCAACCGCAGCCGAGCGCCAGCCUCUUCAAACCCUUUGGUCAAACCACCACCGCACAGAGCACUGGCUUCUCCUUCGGCAACACGCCGACCAUGGGCCAGGCCAACACCUCCAGCAUGGGCCUGUUUGGGAACACCGCCCCCGCUCAGUCUGGAGGUCUGUUCGGCGCAGCUCAGACCAGCACCACCUCCGGGUUUGGCACCACCACCGGCCUAUUCGGCCAGACCAACACGGGCUUCGGCGCCGUAGGCACGCAGCAGAGUUUGUUUGGGAAUAAGACGGCAGGAUUCGGCACCACCACGACCAGCGCUCCGUCCUUUGGCACCGGCACCAGUCUGUUUGGGAACAAACCAGCUCUGAGUCUGGGCCCCGGGACCAACACGUCCACGUUCGGUUUCGGCACAAACCCAGCCGGAGGAGGUCUGUUUGGAAACAAGCCCGCGACUGGAGGCCUGGGCACCGGCCUGAGCACCGGCUUUGGAGCAGCGGUGGGGACCGGCCAGACGUCGCUGUUCGGAAACACACAGAACAAACUGGGCACGACUCUGGGGACGAUGGGAACGUUCGGAGCGUCUGGGUUCAACACCGGAACCAGCACCCUGGGCUUCGGAGCGCCGCAGCAGCCUGUGGCCCUCACAGACCCCAGCGCGUCGGCGGCCCAGCAGGCUUUGCUCCAGCAGCAGCUCAGCGUUUUGGCCUAUUCUCCGUAUGAAGACUCUCCUUUGUUCAGAAACCCUCUGUCCGACCCCAAAAAGAAAGAGGAGCGCCUGAAACCGACCAAUCCAACGGCUCAGAAGGCCCUGACCACGCCCACUCACUACAAGCUGACCCCGCGCCCGGCCACCAGGGUGCGCCCUAAAGCCCUGUCCUCGUCUGGAGCCUCCAAGUCUCAGCUGUUUGACGGACUAGACGAUGACGAACCCACACUGUCCAAUGGAGCUUUUGUCCCCAGGAAGAGCAUAAAGAAACUGGUGUUGAAAAACCUGAACAGUUCUCAAUACAGCAGCCCCCUGUCCAAAGAGACGGACGACCUCGCCUCCCCUCCAGAGUACCCCCAGAACGGACACAGCCCGGCAGAGGAGGAGGAAGCGUCUCGGGAGGUGGCAGCCUCCAGCUCUCGCUCGGAGGAGGACCCAGAGGUGACCCAGUUUUAUGUGAACCCCAUCGCCAAACCCAUCCCUCAGACCAGAGCCCACAGCAACCUCCAGGACACGAUCAGCGACAUGAACAUGCACAAGGCCUCCAAGACCAGCCUCGAGCUGAGCAGUGAGGACGUGUCUGCGUCUCUGGGGGAGGAGUCUCUUCAGGACGAUCGAGACGACGAGCAACUGGAGGUUCAGGCGCCACAUCCUGCAGGCAUCGUGCUGAGUCGUGUGGGUUACUUCACCAUCCCGUCUCUGGAGGAGCUGGUGGAGAUGGUGGACUCCAACGGGGACUGCUUCGUGGAGAACUUCACCGUGGGCCGCAGAGGUUACGGCUCGGUGUUCUUUCCUGGAGAGGUCAACGUGGCCGGACUCAACCUCGACGACAUCGUUCACUUCAGACGAAAAGAAGUGAUCAUUUAUCCAGACGACAAGAACAAACCUCCGGAGGGACAGGGCCUCAACAGGCGAGCGGAGGUGACACUGGACGGCGUGUGGCCAAACAACAAGACCACGUGUUCACAGAUCCGCAGCCCCGAGCGUCUCUCAGAGAUGAACUACGAGGGACGGCUGGAGAAGGCCUCCCGCAGACAGGGGGCGCGCUUCCUCGAGUACAGGCCCGAGACCGGCUCCUGGGUCUUUGAGGUCUCUCACUUUUCUAAGUACGGACUUCAGGACUCGGACGAAGACGAGGAAGUGCCGCUUAAACUCGACCCAAAGAAGCUCAAGACUAUGGGCCCUGUUCCUCCUGUGGGCCAGCAGCAGGGGGCGCCACAAACACAGUCGGCUGUGGCCCCGGAGCCCUGCGCCCCCCCAGCUCUGGAGUUGGACAGUGACAUGGCCGACAUCACGCAGCCCCUGCCCUCGGAAAGCCCAGACGAACAGGAAGUGUGCGGCGGGGACAACGGCCACUCGGAGCACGCCGCCAUCUCAGGCUCCGCCCAAAUCGCCACGUCCCUGGGAAUCAACCCCCACACGCUACAGAUCAUGAAGGCGUCUCUGUUUGCGGAGGAGGAGGCUGUCGACAUGUUUGAGGAGCCCAGACUGAAGCUCUCCCAUGAGGCGUCAUCUCCCAGAGUGCUGCCCGGAGCCCAGGGCCGGCCCUCAGUGGGAGGACUUCUACAGACCCGUUUCCUCUCUCAGUUGUCAGACUCGCCGCGCUCCCCCUCCCUCCUUCACCCGUCUGUGCCCCGCCCUCUCACUGGACCGCCCCUCUGGACCCCCCCAAAGAGCCUGGCUCCGCCCUCUCUCCCCUCCCUCCCCUCCAUCACCUCCCUCGCCUCUCGACCUCAGGAGAAUCUCAAAAUCAGGACGGUGGGUGCGAGGAGACUGGGAGGCCCUGUGCCACUGAAGGAGUCUGUCACUUACAACAAGGGCUCUCUGCUGAUGGACGCUGGGCUGUUUCAUGGACGCUCCUUCAGAGUGGGCUGGGGUCCCGGUUGGACUCUGGUUCACUCGGGUCAGACCCUGAGCGCCGAGUCCAAAGUCCUGGACAAAGACCCUGACUACAGCUUCCUGCCACGAUCCACACACAAAACCGUGUCAGAUUCUCUGUACAAAGUGAGCCUGGAGCAGGUUCAGGUUCUAGACUCGGGUCUGGACUCAGCUCUGGACUCUUCUGAAGCCCAGGAGCUCCGUGAGGCCGUGUUGGAGCGCCCCCUGGAGAUCUGUCUGAAGCACUGCAGGAUCGUGAGCUCGGAGCGCUGUCCGUUUGUGCAGCCUCAGAACGGAGUCGCCGCUCUGCACGAGUACGCACAGUGGGCAGCAGAGGUCAGCGAGAGGCACGGCUCUGUCCAGCCCGUCCUGAACGACUGGAGAGAGGCCUGGACUCUGUGUGAGGCUCUGUGGGGUCGCCUCUCGCCUUCAGACCAGGACGCGGGUCUAGACUUGGACCGGGACAUGGACCAGGAUUCGGGCCAGGACCUCCCCGUGGGAGAGUACCAGCAGCAGCUCCUCCGACGCCGCGCCUUCUCCUCGUGGCUGGCUCGCGGCGCCCUCUGCAGAGUGGAGCGGGAAGUGUCUCUGUCCCAGGGCAGACAUGCGGACGCCAUUUUCAGCCUCCUCACGGGAAACUGCAUCAGCCAGGCCUGCCAGCUCGCACAGAAACACGGAGACCACAGACUGUCCCUGCUGCUGUCUCAGGCUCUGGGCUCUCAGCUCUGCAGAGACCUGCUGUCCCUGCAGCUCACAGACUGGAACAGAAUGGAAACAGACAGCUACGUGUCAGAGGAACGACUGAGGAUCUGCACCCUGCUGUCAGGGAGAGCAGUGUGGCAGUCCUCAGAGUUGUCUGUAAACGUGUGCUCAGAGUUGGAUUGGAAGCGCAGUCUGGCUGUUCACCUGUGGUACAUGCUCCCGCCCACCGCCUCCGUGUCGGACGCCCUGAGGCUGUACCAGGACGCCUUCCAGGGCUGUGCUGACGGGGGGAGGUACACCUGUCCUCCUCUCCCUCCGUACCUGGAGUCUGAGUGUUUAGACGAGGAGGAGGAGGAGGAGUCCAACCAGCGACCUCUGUAUGACCUCUGCUUCCACCUGCUGAAGCUCUACAGCGACAGGCACCACCCCCUGUCCCCGCUCCUGGACCCUCUGACCGUGUGUCCUCACAGACUGGACUUCAGGCUGAGUUGGCUCCUGUGGACGGUGCUGGACGCUCUGGGCUACAGUCAUGUGUCCGAGUGGAGCGUGGGGACGCUGCACACGUCCUACUGCGCCGUCCUGGAGAAAGAAGGACUGUGGCACCUGGGAGUAUUUGUACUACUGCAUAUACACAACCACAGUGAGCGUGAGCGUGCGGUGCGUCUGAUGCUGGAGUUACACUGCCCCCUGGUGGACACAGAGGAGUCACUGCGGCGGGAGCGUUUCUUGACUCAGACUCUGUUGAUCCCGGAGCCGUGGAUCCAUCAGGCCAAAGCUCUGAGGGCCAAGAGCCUCAACGACCCCCGGAGACAAGCGCUGCACCUGUACAGGGCCGGGGAGUGGAGCCAGUGCCACCGCACCCUCACCCGCCACCUCGCCUCGGAUUGCAUCAUAAAUGAAAACCUGGACUUCCUGCUGGAGUUCCUGGAGGGCCUGAGUGUCCCUGGACGCAGCGCAGUGAUCCAGGACUGGGACUGCACGGGGAGACUGUUCCUGGACUACAUCAGGGUCCUGAAGACUUUGGAGCACAUCCAGCAGUCUGAAGGGGGCGACAGCGGGUACGAGCUGGAGCGUCUCUACACCGACGUCACGUCUCUGUGCGGGAGAAUAGAACUACUGCCCUGCCACUGCGCCAAGGACCGCCUCGCCCAAUCAGAGAUGGCGAAGCGUCUGGCGAACAUCCUGCGCGUGGUGGUGUCUCUGCACCUCGGGGAGUCUCCAUCGGGGGGCGCUCCUCUGGUGCACCUGGCCCCUCACAUCAGCCGUCUGCCCAUGCCCGAGGACUACACCCUGGAGGAGCUGAGGGGGCUCACGCAGUCCUACCUGCGGCAGCUCGUCCUCAGCCAAUAGGAGCGCGGCCGACGGGAGCGCGGCCAAUGGGAGCGCUGUGAGGGCGGGACCAGGAAACGAAACCCACCAAUGAGACGUGACUUUGAAUAAACGUCAGUACUAGACUGUUAAACACAGCAACAGAGUCUUAACUUAAACUCCACAAAACACGUCUUCACACGAGCAGAAACCAGGAUCUGCUCUGGGCACGAGAGCGUCUCCACUGCUACAGCUUUAAAGCAGCAGUGUGGAACUUUUCUGGAGGCUGGUGGUGCCACUAGGUCAUGGUACAGGUCAGAUCUUUGGAGUGGCGAGCCAGUUCACAGUAAUAAUGUUUUUCAUGACGUUUUUGUGCAUUAAAAACAUCUGUGAUCUAAACAAAUGCGACAGAGUUUAAUGCCAUAUUCUGGAACAUUUCAGACAAAGCAUUAACUUCACCUUGGAGACAUGAAAGUGGCUGACCCUCCAUUUGUAAAAGUUCCAUGUUGCGUCUUUAACCCAACAGUCUCUGGUGACGGGGCAGAUGUGCACGUGUACAGGGAUGAUGUCGUUUUGCCUGGAAUGUUCCACAUUAUGGCAUUAAUCUUACUCAUCUCCAUGGAGAUGACGUUUGGCAGCCUGUAAUUGGUCGACAGAUCAGUCUAUUGCCAACCCUCCACCAGAAAUGUUCCAUAGUGCAGCUUUAACAGGUGAACUUUUCUUCUGUGGAUGUAAAAAUAUUUAUGAUCCAAACGAGCCAAUCAGAGCCGAGGACUCGAGAAUCCACCAAUGAGAAGGAAGGAAACAAAUUUAAAUUUAAGUGGAUUUGAAAAUGGAGGUCACGUCAUAAACAAUAGACUUUUACAAUGACAGUGAAUUUUAAGACUGGGUUUAGUCCCGGCUUAGGUCCGGGUCUAAACUAGGGACUAAAGACUAAGGAUUAAACCAGGACUAGUCUGGAUCCGGGUCUAGACCAGGACUAAACCCAUGACUCAUAAGAAAACGCUCAAAAUCAGUUCUGUUGGUUUAUUUCUAAAGUAAACCAGACAAUGGCAGAUUCAAAAUGGCCGCCCGCGUCCGUGGACGUGUUUAUUCUUUUAUGAUUCAUGUUUAUUUCUGAGUUAUGAUUGUUUUUUUCUUUCGAGUGUCGUUCGAAUGUGGAGCUGGAAAAUAAGAUAUUUUUGUAGAAUUAUGACGUUUUGUUGUAACGACAAAAGUUCAUCGUGAAGUUUGUGAAGAAAUGAUUGAGUUUGAUGAAGAUAUUUUUAAUAAAGACAAGUUCAAGU